AUGGCUGGCGAGCGUCUACCUAACGAAUAUACCGACGUCGUUGUGGUAGGCUCUGGGGUUGCCGGGCUUUCGGCGGCUAUCGAAGCAAGUGUCAAGCAUGCCAACGUGCUAUUGUUUGAAUCACAAGACACGAUUGGAGGGACUUCGACGGUGAGUGCAGGAGGCUGUUGCAUUGUGGAUACGCCACUUCAACGCCGUGCUGGCAUCCACGAUACAGUUCAGGGUGCGCUCUUGGAGUGGUUUGCGCUGGGUGGUCCGACGGUAGACCAAGCCUGGGCGCGACAGUACGUGGAAAACAGCAAGACGUUCGUCUACGAUUGGCUUGAGCAGCUGGGUAUACGAUGGACCGAUGUCAAGCAGCCCGAAGGAAACAGCCUUCCUCGUUGGCACCAGCCAGAAGGUUGGGGCAAGGCCGUCGUGCAAGCCCUUCUCAAACGGGCACACGGUCUUGGGGCCGAGGUCAGGACACAAUCACGGAUACAACGUCUACUCGUAAACAACAAUACGGUAUCUGGGGUGGAAGUCGAAGCGAAGGGCAAGACAUACAGGGUCAUCAGUCCGGCCGUCAUUGUCUGUACGGGUGGGUAUGCAAGCAACAUCACGAAGGUGCUGGAAUGGUGUCCAAGGCUGCGAACAAUACCACGUCUGCUCGGCGGCGGCGGAGUCGGUGCUCUCGGCCAAGGGCAUGAUAUGCUGCAACGAGAUGCAGAUGCCCAAUUCUGCUGUCUAGACCACAUCUGGUUGUAUCCGGUCGGCACUCCAGAUCCAACAGACCCCAGCGGAGCCCGUGGCAUUGCACCUCGCCUGCUUCGGGGCGACAUCUGGCUCAACAGUCGAGGGGAGCGCUUCCAUGACGAGUCAUUGACGGGUCCCCGCGUCGGCUCGGUGGCCUUGUUGAACCAGCUUGGCCAAACCGCGUGGAUGGUCUUUAGUGCGCCGGAAAUCAAACAUCUCCAACUAUACAACAACGAGGCUUACUUCCCUCCUCCCUCCGAUGGCCAAGACCUUCCCGCCAAAAGAUCCUUUUGGGCAGACUCGAAGUAUGCAUGGCGGGCAGACAAUAUUGAAGAGCUUGCAGAGGUCAUUGGCUUACCCACAGACGCAACUCGGUCCACCAUCGAUGCCUUCAAUGCAGACGUCGCCGCGGGACUCAGCUGUGACUCCCAGCACGGUCGCCCGUUGCAGGACGCAGUUCCUCUAGAACGGAACCUGGCGGCGAUCCAGAUCUUUCCCAUGGCACAAAAGACAUUUGGCGGAGUGCGCACCGAUUUGAAAUGUCGAGUGAUGGGUCGCUCUGGUGACUGUGUCCGCGGUCUGUUCGCGGCCGGGGAGGUUGCUGGGAUGGCUGGUGGCUGCAUCAAUGGCAAGGCUGCCCUCGAGGGCACCAUGUUUGGUCCCUGCCUCUACUCUGGCAGGGUGGCAGGCAUGACUGCGGCGUCCUACGUUAUACAGUCCCUACUUUGA